AUGGGCCUUGUUCGCCUGCAUCACAAUCACUGUAUCUUGUUUCAGGACAUUUUGAAUGCUUUAAGAAUCCCCCAUGCACUUGUUCUUGAAAGAAGUUUUGACAGACCAAACUUAAAGUAUGAAGUGAUUGCAAAGACUAAGGAACCGCUGAAGCAGCUGGGACAGCUGCUAGUGGAUCGUUUCAGGAAUCAGUGUGGAAUUGUUUACUGCCUCUCGAAAAGUGAAUGUGUCGAGGUCUCAAAAUUUUUGAAUGAGACAUGUCAGACUAAAACAGCGUAUUACCAUGCUGGCAUGGCUGCCCGCCAAAGAGUUGCUGUUCAAAGGAAAUGGCAUGAUGGAGAGGUUCAUGUUGUCUGUGCAACUAUUGCUUUCGGAAUGGGGAUAGACAAAUCUGAUGUUCGCUUCGUUGUCCAUAAUACAAUGUCAAAAUCAGUUGAAAGUUAUUAUCAAGAAUCAGGAAGGGCCGGAAGGGAUAAUCUUCCUGCAGUUUGCAUUGUAUUGUACCAGAAGAAGGAUUUCAGCCGAGUAGUAUGCAUGAUAAGAAAUGGUCAAGGAUAUAAAAAGGAGAGCUUUAAGACAGCAAUGGAUCAAGCGAAAAAGAUGCAACAGUACUGUGAACUUAAGGUUGAAUGUCGGAGACAAACUUUACUCAAACACUUCGGAGAAUCUUUUGACAGAAAAGGCUGCAAGUAUGGAUCUAAUCCAUGUGAUAACUGUCUCAACACUGCACUAUGAGUUGUUGUUACAUUCAAUUUUCGAGUAUGAUAUUCUAACAAACUCUGGAACAGUGUACCUUGGAAGCUUUUUGUUUUUGCUAGUUAUUCUAUUUGUAUAUCUCUAUUGUAGAUUUGCAUUUUGCGUAGCAAGUUGUUCCUAUUUCUAGAAGUUGUGAAUUCUACUCUCGACAUUGCAAUUAAUUACUUUCAGAUAAUUCCUUUUUGGUGAUUA